GUCAGAGAGCUGCAGGAAGCUGGAUACUAUGAAGGCUGUUUUAUAUGCAGCACCUGGCUAACAGCAACUACAGUACAAGGAAGGAAAACCCUCACUUUCUGCUUAGCCUUACUACUGUACUUGCUAAAUGUUUACUUACAGCAUGUCUACAGAGAUUGCAUGUGCAAAUCCAGGAGUGUCCUGUGGAUCAGUGAAUACAAAACGUGUUUACUACUGUUCUAGAUGAGAUCUUCUGAUGGCUGCAGGUAACAGUGCCACAGUUCCCCAUCACGAACCACAACCUUUUGCUGCUUUCCUUUGUCUCACGCUCUUAUCGUCUCUGUCUUCAUCUGCUAUACAAGACUGGGGCAAUGUCAUUUUCAAGAUUUACAUGCACCUGCGGUGCGUUGCCCAGCUUGAAUGCUUAAAAUAUUCAUCAGAUUACCAUGAUAAACACCUCAACUUGAAUUCUCAUAUUAGCAGCCAUCCAAUAAACCAAAAAGACAACAAGCAAGUUCUCACGGUUAAUCAGGGAUUUGUCACAUUUUCAAUCUGAAGUCUUUUGUGUGGACUUUACAUUGGAUUAGUCUGCAUGGGGGAAGGAUAAAUUGUUUGCUGCAGUAUCUUCGUUUUACAAUGGAAUAUUUAACAGGGCAUGAAGCACAUGGGGACAAAUAAAAGUAACAAAACUACCAGAGAGAUAUCUAAAACAAGAAAAGAGCCAACUUAAGAAAAUAAGAGGAACUACGAGCAUAAAAAAAAACAACAACUCAAAGCAAGAAAGCAAAGGGCCACUAGUACGGUACAGGAAACUAAAGUCAAAGAAAAUUGCAAAUACCUUAACUGAUAAACUGUGGUGAGAAAGAUAUUUCAACACAUAAUAUGUGGGAACAGUUUGUUACAUACAGAGAAAGUUAAUCAUCAAAUACACAAGUGAUAGGUAUAUAGUGAACCAAAAACAUCAGACAUCCAAAGUCAAAAAGCACAUGGAAGGCGAAACAGAGGACAGUUAGUGAAAAACAUAAGAUUAGGGAAAAAGAAAACAGAAAAGAUAAAAACGAUUAUAAUCAAACACCUUAAAGAAACUGAAGACCAGGAACCUUUUAAACAACAUCAAUGAGUCCUUCCCCAUGAGAUGCAGUCUGAUGACCUUUUUGUGCGUAAAUUGCGCCAACCUCCAUCUCGGUCAUCUCCUCACAAAAGCUCCCAUGACUCGAAGUCACUGAUAGCCACAGGGAACAGUAGACAUAACUGUGGGGCACGUUCGCUUUCAGAAUCAGAAUUUGAACUUCGGGAUAAAGGGACAGGCAGCCCAUCUGCCCCACGUUUUAAAGAUCCAUUCAUACUGCUUGGGCUGGCUGGGAACAGCCAAGGACCUCCAGCCCAUGAGGUGAAGGAGAAGCCACCUGAAGUAGAUCCCGUAACCCCUCGGCCAAGGAGUUUUGCUCACCACGAUAUCCAAAGUAUAUUGUUUGAUCCUUUUCGAAGAAGAGAAUCUGAAGGUCGAAAAAAUGUUAGAAGUGGAGCUUCUGCUGCCUCUCAGAUCAGAUCUUGUGCUUCUUCACCCAGAAGAUCUCUGUCAUCUCCGGAAGAUCCAGGAGACCCUGGAGAUGGAAAAGACAAUGAGCUCCUGCUCAGCUGUCCAUAUUUCCGUAAUGAGGUGGGAGGAGAAGAAGCAGAGGGCCAAAAAGAUGAAGGAUGGGACUUUUCUUCUGUUUUAUCUCUCAAUGCUCCACUUAUCAGUUGUCCUGUUAGGGGUCCCAAUGCGUCUGUAUCUGUAUUAGAAGAAGCUAGGGAAAGAAUUAGGGAUAGCAGCUACUCUGUGGAAUAUCAAGACCUGGGUGCACUAUAUUACCGAAAGUAUUUUUAUGGCAAAGAACAUCAGAACUUUUUUGGAGUUGAUGAAAGACUGGGGCCUGUGGCCAUAAGCUUACGACGGGAUGAGAGAGAAGGAGCCCAAGGAAUGCAGUAUAAUUACAGGAUUAUAUUUAGAACAACUGAGUUGAAGACUCUUCGUGGAUCUAUACUAGAGGAAGCCUUUCCUUCAUCAAUACGACCAAACUCUUCAAGGGCUAUAUCCCCUAAAAAGCUUCUGGAAUACAUUGUACCAGAAGUCAACCUGCAAAAUCUACGAUUGGCAUCCAACUCUCCCAAAGUGCCAGAAACUCUACUAAAGUUGGAUGAACAGGGGCUCAGCUUUCAGAGAAAAAUUGGUAUUUUGUACUGCCGGAGUGGACAGGCCUCUGAGGAAGAGAUGUAUAACAAUGAAAUGGCAGGACCAGCCCUUCAAGAAUUCUUGGGCCUAUUGGGGGACAACGUCAGACUCAAGGGUUUUGACAAGUACCGAGCACAGCUGGACAACAAAACUGACAGUACGGGUACGCACUCUCUUUACACUCGCUACCAAGACUAUGAGAUCAUGUUCCAUGUUUCAACAAUGCUUCCAUUUACUGCAAACAACAGUCAACAGUUGCUCCGCAAGAGACAUAUUGGUAAUGACAUUGUGACAAUUAUUUUUCAAGAACCAGGUGCCCUACCCUUUACUCCGCAGACCAUACGGUCACAUUUCCAGCAUGUGUUCAUUGUGGUCUGCGCUCACAAUCCGUGCACUCCUCAUACCACCUACACUGUUGCUGUUACCCGUACGGCUGACACACCUCCCUUUGGUCCUCCUCUGCCUACUACUCUAUUCCGACGCUCACCUGAACUUAGGGAUUUUCUGCUCUCUAAGUCUGUAAAUGGUGAGAACGCAGCCGAGCGUGGUGGUAAGUUUUUGGCUAUGGCCACACGAACAAGAGAAGAAUACUUAAAGGACUUAGCUUGCGAUCAUGUUACCACCACUACUUUGGAUUCAUGCUCCUCCAAACUCGCUAUUUUGAGUCUUGCUAAGAAAAGGGACCGGGCUGGCAGCACUGGCCCUGGGGACAAAGCUGGAAAAGGAACUCGUUGGGCGUACACUGUUCCGCCAGAAUUCCAUAGCUCUGGAUCCUUGGUGUGGACAGUUAAAGCAAUCAAUGUCUGCAUUCCUGAAAGUGUCUACAUGCUGGGGAUUUCUUCUGAGAUGCUUGUGUUAGUAGAUCCAAAAAAGGAGCGGGAGGGAGCGGUAUGCUUUCAUUGCUCAUGCAGAGAUGUACUUGGGUGGACGUAUUCCUCUAAAGGGGGACUGGACCUGUACUAUGGACGGGCAGGAAGACUGUCGCUUUGUCCAAUUGCUAACAGUGACAACGAAGUGGAAGAAGAGGUGAACCACAUUGUCAAGAGGCUGCAGGUUGUGUCUGGUGGCUGUGAGACCCGUGAAAUUCCAUUGCUGAGAAAUGGUCUUGGGCAGCUCGGGUUUAAUGCAGAUUCUGGUGGCUUUGUGACGGAGGUGGAGAGGUUUAGUAUGGCAGAGACUGUAGGACUUUGUCCUGGAGCAAGGCUGGUAGCCAUUUGUGGUCAACCCUUCUGUUCUUUGACCACUGAGGAUGUCCGCUCUCUUUUCAUCCGUGCAAAGAAGGUGACAGUAACGACUCUGCCCCCGGAUGAAUCAGGGAAGCCCCGCAGGAGCUUCUCUGAGUUGUAUGUGAGGUCACUGCAAGAACAGAGAAUCCUGAGGCGUUCAGAAGAAGAGAUAGAAGAAAAGGCUGAGGUGAAAUCAAGAAAAGAAGACCCUGCUUCAGAGACUCAGAAAAUCCUGCGCACCCUUUCUGUGCAGGAGGAGAGGACAGAGUUCAGGUUCAAUAAUGCUGAUUUGGCUCCUCCUGAUAUUAUUCCUCAACAUGACCCAUCAAGGGAUGAAGUGAUUAUGGAUGAUACUUUUGAGGAUUCUCAGGAGGAAAUAAUUGCAACCAAUCUUCAUGUUAAAGAAGAAAGGCUCUCCCCUGUACCCUCUUCUCAGGAACCCAUCAAAAACACACUUUCACCAGCUCCCCAGUCUCUUGAAGAUGAAUGGCAAAGUAUCUCCGAUCUCACUCUGGCCUGUAACAGCAUACUGGAAGCCAUGUCUAAAGAAGAACAGGUGCCAGCAUUUAAAAAUGAUUUAGGAGCUCACAGCUCGAUCCCAGCAUCAUCUGGAAAUCUCAAUGACAAAGUCACAGAGCUAGAAAUGAAGCUGAAGAAACUGCAGGAAGACCUUAGAAGGGAACAAGAGGGAAGAGCACAGCUUCAAGCAGAGGUUCUGAGUCUCAAGAGAACACAAGAAGAAGCAUUCACUGGAACUUUGCCCCGCGAAGGUGGUGCCAAGAUACUUAGGGGUGGAGCCAACAACUGUGAAGGAACAACCAAUGACUGUGCAAAAGUAGCAGAGGACUGAAUACUGAAAGCAGGAGAUGGGAGGGUCAUGUCAUUAAGGAUCAGUGAAGUGAAGAUGUAGAGAGCCAAUACAACAUUUAAAAAUCAAUCAGGAGGAUUGGUCAUUUAUUAGAGGACGGUGAAAGUUCUGAAGGAUGCAAUUGUGUGUAAUGCAACUGCAAAAAUGAGUCAAACACUGAAUUAUUUAAGUAUAUACAUGUGGUAAAAGCAGAAAACCACUAACAGAGACUUUUGUUUAGGGGAAGAAGGAAAUAUAAGUAAAUAAUUCAGAACAUUUAAAACAAGAAAGUUGAAAGUUUUUUUAAACAAAACUUUGAUACAUUGAGUAGGAUGAAGUAAGUGAGACUGUAAUCAAAAAUGAAGGGGAGCAAAUGAUUUCCAUAGUGGGGAGUGAUUUUUAUACCCACUGUUAAUUCAGGUAUGGAUUGAAAAAACAACAAAUGUGAAGGGGUUAAAAAAAACAUGCUGUGCAGGGGAGAUAUUUGCAGUGACAAAUAAUUAGUUAAUUUCUGUUAUGGGGAUAAUAAAAAGGUUGUGUUCUGGUGGAGUAUUGCCAAGAAGGGAUGACCUACACUCAUAGCUUUGUACAUACAUAGAGUAUACUGUACAUGUCUUCCAGUGAUCACCUUUAUAUCCCCUGCCAUUAUGAAUGUAUAUAUGAGACAAUAAAGGGUGAAAAUUGCCUGCAA